UUCCCCUACCAGCCCACGGCCGUGCCGCAGCAGCGCUUGCGGGCGCUCGCCUACAAAACGUCCAACCGCAUCCUCGACGACAUGCGGCUCACGCCCAUGUUCGCCGCCGGGCGCGGCGAGCGGGACGUGGCGUCGCUCUUGAACUCGCGGCCGAUCGCGUACAAACACACGGUGGCGCGGCUCGCGCGGCGGCCCGCCCCCACGUGUCUCGUGUUGAACGACCCGCUCGCGCACGCGCCGGCCGUGCAGAAAACACAGCACGCCCAGCACGGCGUGGCAGUGUGCGUGGUGCGCGGGCUCGUCGUGGACACGCGCGCAGGCACGGUGGCGGGCCACUUCAAGGUGCAGAUCUUGGACGCGGCGCCGCGGGGGCCCGUGGCCGAGAAGAUCCAGUACCACGUGGUGCCCCGCGCCAUGGUGUCCGUGGACGACUUGAGCUUGCUCGCGGACGCGGCCACGCGCGGCGGGCGCGUGCUUGACGACGCGUUCUUCAAGGCGCUGGGCUCGGCCGCCCACCACAUGAUGCGCGUGUCCGUGUACGCGCCCGAGUUUCUGCCCGGCGACCUAGCGCCGCUCUCGGACCCGGCCGCCGUGCGCCGCCGGUACCUCGACCACCUCGACCGCCACCCCGGCUCGCCGCUCUUGCGCGACGCGGUGCCGGGCCCGGUGCACUGUUUCCACACGCUCCUCAAGGUGUUGAAGGGGCCCGUCCUCCUCGCGCCCGACGAGCCCACGCACACCAUCAGCCGCGCCAAGACGGGCUUGGACGCCAAGCUCGACGUGGACUUGCUUUUCCGCGCCUUGGGCUUCACGCGCGGCGCGGACCCGGACAGCUUGGUGCCGCCCAACCUCUGCCUCCCGGCAAACGCGCCCAUGAAGGAGAGCUACAUGCGCAAGGCCACGGAGCUCGUGUUCUUGGGCAAGGCGCUCCCGCUGCCCGGCCGCGCCAACGACUUCGACGUCCGCUUCUCCUUCAGCGACAACUUGUCCCAGGUGCACGCGCUCUUGGCCGAGGUCGACAAGCACGCCUCCUUGACCAUGGCCUGGGAUGACGACUCCAACUGCCACCCGGACUACGUGGCCUUGAGCGCCUACGCCUACUUCCAGGACGAGCUCGUAAUCCGCUGCUACGAGAACACCGUCAACUCCGACCCGCACAACAAAAUGCACUACGUCGACAGCUUUGCUCAGCUCCUCCUGCUCCGCGCACACUCCGGCUCGGCGAGGCUCCGCUCCUACUACACCAACCAGUUCCUGAAGGGCCUCAUGUACGGGCUCUCGGACUACCGCAACGCGCUCCGCACAUUGGGCAUUGCCGGCCUAGCCGACGACGCCGUGGUCGACGACGACGCCAUCUUGGAGGUGUACAAGGCCGCGUGCAGGCUGGACCCGAAGAACUACACGUACUUCAACAAGCAGCUCCGCACCGUCUGUGCCAUCAAAGAGAGCACUUCCAUCAAGGACUUCAUCCGCGCCGAGUUGGUGCCUCAAGCUGUUGCGCUCGACGAAUUGAGGAUCGAGGACCUCACGGAGGACGAGGUCGUGGUCACGGCGUACGAGUUCAGACUCGACGAGGUCAUGCAGUCCGUCAACUUCAACGCAGACAGCCCCGAGGUCCUGUUCCUCCAGAAGUGCUUGCUUUCCAUGGCCGUCGUCCGCAAAAGCUAUAUAUUGAUGUCGUACAUCGAUGUCCAUAUGCCUGCAUUUCUGGCCCCGUCGAAAGCUCUCGGCGCCGAUGAAGCCGCAGCCCUUCUUGGCGUUGACGGCUCGACUAACGACUUCGACAUCAUCUCAAACUUCCAGGAGAAACUAAUGAACUCUUCCUAUGGCGACGACAUUGAUAUCCGUCUAUUGAGAGCCGCCCUCGAAAUCUUGGCAAGACAAAGAGCCUCGGAAAUUUUGCUGAGCUUCUUGAAAAGCGGCAAGAUUGACGAGUCAUUAUUGCCUGCUGAGAACUGGCCCACAGGGUUGGACAACAUUGGAAACACCUGCUACUUAAACUCUUUGUUGCAGUACUACUUCUCGAUCAAGCCUCUCAGAGAGUUUAUUUUGAACUUCGAUGAAAAAAACGUCGACUUGCUGAAGCUCUGUUCGCGGAAAAUAGGCGGGCGCUUAGUGGAAGAAUCAGAGGGAGCCCGCUCGAUUCAGUUUAUCUACCGCCUCCAAGAACUAUUCAAGGAAAUGAUCUUCACAGAAAAACGGUAUAUCCAACCAAGCAAAGAGUUGGUGUAUCUAUCUUUCUUGCCGUUAUCCCAAUUGGUAACUUUUGAAGACCAGGAUUUGACCCUGAACUCCGAUACAGAGAUGGAAGAAUGCUCGGGAGAAAUGUCUGGGGAAGAAGGCGAAACAUCUGUUUCGGCCUCUCUUUCGGAACCAAAGCCUCUGCAAUUGACUUCCCAGACUGCAAACUCUGAUCUAAUUGAUAUGUGCAGCCUGGAAACCGAGGAUAAUAAAUUGCCGGAGAGAACUAAUACUCUUGAUAGAAAUGAGGACCAAGUUCAAACGAGAAUAAUGAAAAUUGGAAGCGAGCAGAUCGAGAGUGCCAUAGAAAUUGGCAGACAACAGGAUGUUACCGAGUGCAUUGAAAACGUGACUUUCCAAAUCGAAACAGCUCUUGAACCUGAGUACCUCGAAGAAGAUGGUGAGCAAUAUGACCUCAUCAAACGGCUUUUCAGUGGGCGUACGAAACAAACAAUCACUCCUCUAGAGCAAGAAAAGGCUCCUAGGGUAUCAUCCGAACGUUUCUUCAGUUUGAUCAUCAACGUUGGCGAUCAUCCCAGAGACAUUUAUGAUGCCUUGGACAACUAUUUCGGUGAGAACGUGGUGAAGCUCGAGGAGGGCAAGGUAAAAAUGUCUGCCACCAUUCUGAAAACUCCAGAAAUUUUGCAAUUCCACGUUCAAAGAGUUCUUUUUGAUAGAGAAAAAAUCAUGGCCUAUAAGUCUCUAGAGGUGAUUCCGUUCGGUGAGAAUAUUUAUCUCGACAGAUAUCUCGAUACUGAGGAUUCUGAAGUAUUAAGCAAACGACAGGAGGUUUUUGAGUGGAAAACUGAGAUCAGCAAGUUGCACGAAGAAAAACAGGAUAUUCUUCAGGUCGAUUCCGAUACUAAGCUCUCGGUUAUCGAUUCAUUGAAGUCAACCUUGAAAUAUUUGAAUGUCAAAGUUUUGGAACAAGAAGAACUUGUGAUCAAGCAGGAGACGAUUGCCGUAAUACAGCAUCAGAUUGAAUUGCUUAACAUCCGACUUCAGUCCAUCAAUACGAGGAUUGACAAUUUACAACAAAAAAUCUCAGAACAAUUCAAAUCUUACAAGAAGUUCGGAUAUACCUUGUUUGCGGUUUUCAUUCACAGAGGUGAGGCAUCUUAUGGGCAUUACUGGGUUUACAUCAAGGACCCCAAGCGGAACAUAUACAGAAAGUACAACGAUGACUCCGUCACCGAAGUGCCUGCGUCAGAGGUGUUUAAUUUCACGGAAACAAACACCGCUACACCUUACUACAUGGUCUUUGUGAAAGACGAGUUGAUCAAUGAGUAUAUUGAACCACUCAAGAGAAUCAUUAAAUGCUAA